UUCAUCUUCUUCAUUUUUUGUUUCUGCUACUACUCCAUUAUUCAGUUCUAGUUAAAUGAGUUCAUCUUCAAUGUUAUCUCUAAACAAUACUUCUUCAACUCUAACUUCAAAUUUCUCUACAAAAUUACAUUCAUUCAAACGAAAUGCCCAAACCCCAAUUCUCAUUUCAAAUGGGGGGUUUCUCAAAACCCAGAGUAGUAGUAAAUUUCUAUUGAAUUCACAUAUUAUAAGAUCUUCUUCUUCUUCUAGGUUAAUUGCAUUUUGUGCUAAAAAUCAAAGUGUUAUUUUUGAAGAAGAAGAGAUUCAAAAAGAAGAUGGGGUUAUUGAAAGUGAGCAGCUUAAUGUUGAAAUCGGAAACCCUCCUCCAAUGAUUCUUCCUGUUUCUAAAUUGAAUAAUCAAGUAUUCUUUCUCUUGGCUUUCAUUGCUGCCUCGACUUCCAUAGCAUUUACCAGCCUUGUCGUAGCAGCUGUGCCGGCAUUAUAUGCAAUGGGAAGAGCUGCAAUAUCUCUUUCAAAGCUGGCUGAUACAGCUCGAGAAGAACUCCCUAGUACAAUGGCCGCAAUCAGGCUUUCAGGCAUGGAGAUUAGUGAUCUUACUCUGGAACUGAGUGACUUGAGCCAAGAGAUAUCAGAUGGAGUUAACAAGUCGGCUCAAGCUGUUCAAGCAGCAGAAGCUGGGAUACGUCAAGUUGGAACUAUUGCCAAACAGCAAGCCGUAUCAAUGAUACAGGAGAGAGCCAACUUACCUGUUAUCUCCAUACAACCAGUGGUUGUAGGGGCGGCAAAGAAGACAUCUCGUGCUGUUGGCAAUGUCACAAAGACGUUAAUGAAUAUGAUAACACGAGGUGAGUCUACCUCUGACGAUGAAGAUCAUGGAAAUGAUAGAAUUGAUCUCUUCUGAUCAUCGUUUGUGGGUUCCGAAAAAGUUUGCAACUUCUUUCCAUAUCUUAACCCUGUAUAUAUUUCAAAAGUUUUGCUCAGUAAUCCUAAUAGAUUUUUUUUUUACUGUUCGAGUACAAUUCUUAAUAAAUAUUCUUUCGUUCAUAGUUCAAGAAUACCGUCUGAACUGCAUAUCCAAAAUGACAAACUUUGGAUUUGCUAAUGCUUAGUUUCUCCAUACUGAUCGCUUUGUGAGUGUACGUUUUAUAACCUAUUUUGGACUUCGCAUAAAGAUUGUACCAAUUUGAUUACAGAGAACAAAAAGAUGGGUGAAAUUGUUAUCUUACAGGCAGGGAUUUGGACAGUUGCACUUCUUAUUUUACUCCCUCCU